CCGGCUGCAGGAUCGCUGGAAUGCGGUGUGGAAAGGAAUCUCUACUGUCCUAUUGUUCCCUUGUUUCCUCGGUCUCAUCACACGCCGGCACGUCCAGUUCACUUACAGAGCUAUGGACAUUUCAGGUUUCACGUCAAAAUGCCUACCUCAGAAUUCCGCUCAACCAGUCGGGCCAAGGUACAACACCAACCCCCAGCCAGUCACCAACCAGAACAGGGCUUUUAAUGGGUUUGUUCCCAUACAAAACUGUUACAUGCAAUCAAGUUCGAUGAUGGCUACUCCCAGCAUGCACUUCAUACCGAUGAGUCAUCACAACCUGCAACCACGUGGCCAACAGAACACGGAGAUACUUCCUCAAAUCUACGACCAGACAAAUUUUGUACCAGAGGUGAUGCUGCCUAACGGUAUGAACAUGCGUCCUGUUGGAUUAUUGAACGGAGAAUUGUUGUACAAAGUUACAGCUCCCAACUAUACUGCUCCUCUUCCACCCACCAUACCCAGGAUUAAGAAGAAAAACAGAAAAGUGGAUCAAACAUAUGUCAAGAAACCACCAAAUGCAUUUAUGCUGUUCAUGAAGGAACAUCGGCAAGCUGUGAAGCACCAUUCGCACUUACGGAAUAGCGCAGAUAUCAACAAGAUCCUUGGAAGAAUGUGGCAUUUGCUAGCGAAGGAGGAGAAGGCCAAGUACUAUGAACUCGCUGACAAAGUGAAGCGAAUGCACUCGCAGCAACACCCCGACUGGUCUUGGAGGCACAAUUACGGCAAAAAAGAGGACUAUAAACAUAUGCGGGACACAGACGUUAACAGUUUGCAGGCUGCACUGGUGCCCGAACUGGAGGAGGAAAGUGUGCAGGCCGAGAGCGAGUCGGACGACGACGACCCUGACGUCUUGUCUCUGAGUUCAACAACAGUACAACUCUCCCUGGAACAGCACAUUUCCCAAAUAUACCUGAAAGAGGCACCCGGCCUCAACGUGAGGACUGACCCCCCUCCUCCACCAAGAUCACCCAGGCAAUCGUCACAGUCCCGCCCGGAUUGUUGACUUCUUCUUUUUUUGGGGACUUCUGUUGUGCUCAUUCUGUCCUGAGCCAACCUUGGCAAAUUUGAGACAAUUUUUUUAAAGCCAAAAAUGUAUCACACACAAACACAAGCCUCUGUUUGAACACAUGAAUAUGAUCGAAUUCAUAACAAUAACAAGUUAGCCAGUAUCCUUUCCCGAGACUGUUGACAUAUUUGAUCAUACAAUAUGUCCGACACCAUCGUUCAGACACAAUUUUCUUGCACCAAAAUCAAUGGAGGUGCAUUAUAGUCAACAUUUAACCUUGAACGCAAUGCUGCUUGACCUCCAAAACUAUUUUUUUUCAUAGUUAAUGGCUUCCAGACCCAACCACGAUGAGUCAAUAUCCACAAAAUAGGAUUCAGUAUUAAUAAAUUGAAUAUAUUUUUAUUUAGAGCAUAAAAAAUCAGUAUAAUUUAUGUUAUGUACAGUAAUGUUGUUUUUGUAGACAUGAAGUAACACAGUAUUAACACAAUAGUACUGCAUUUUUUCCGACGGUUGAAUACGCGUGUAUGCUUUGCUGCAUUUUGUUGCAUUUUUGUUGCUCCUGUGUUGAGACACCAGAAUAUGCAAAACCGGAUCGCUCCUCCCUGCAAAACCCUCUUACGUUAAGUGACGUGCACCUCCCAAAAAAAAAAAAAAUUAUCUUGCGGGCCGUAAGGGCUGUGAUUGGUUGGCUUGUAGUCAACGUUGAAUUUGGGAUCAAUAUUUGUGAUAAAAGUGACGAUUGUCACCCAUUGCUAUAACACACCCUGCUCUCUUUAUUUACCAUUGUUUUCUACCUACUAAGGAAAUUAACAAGCCAAAUAGUGAACUCAUUGCGAUGACGACGCAUCACAUGUUCAAGCCUAACGAAGAGCUUCAAAAUUGACAGGUCUGUUAUUGUCUUUAUUGAUGCAUAGCAGAUGCCGGUGCCAGCAACUCAUACAGUGGUUUGUACAGAUAAACAAAUAUGGGUGGGGCAUGACAGAAAUAAUUAAGAACCUUUGAGUUAAUCCAUUAUAAACAAAUAUGGGUGGGGCAUGACAGAAAUAAUUAAGAACCUUUGGGUUAAUCCAUACCAGUGUCAACUGUCGUCAUCGGAAAACCGUUUACUGUCCAGGUAAUGUCUUAAGCGACGUUCCUUGUGAGUAUAAAAAAG